AUGGAGAAUCUAAGCAAUGUGACUGAAUUCAUUCUUUUGGGCAUUACAACGAAUCCACAGCUGAGGAAAACAUUAUCUGUUCUAUUUUUCGUCAUGUAUGUGCUAACAGUUGUGGGAAACCUACUCAUUGUGGUCACCAUGAUCAAAAGUCAAAGUCUGAGGUCACCGAUGUAUUUUUUCCUCACUGCCUUGUCUCUUAUGGAUGCCAUCUACACUUCUGUCAUCGCCCCCAAGAUGAUUGUGGACUGCCUCUCCAGUAUCACCACUAUCUCCUUCAUAGGCUGCAUGAUCCAGCUUUUUGCAGAGCAUUUCUUUGGUGGUGUGGGGAUCAUUCUUCUCAUCAUCAUGGCCUAUGACCGCUACGUGGCCAUCUGCAAGCCCCUGCACUACAUGACCAUCAUGAGCCCUCGGCUGUGCUAUGUGCUGCUGGGAGGGGCCUGGUUGGGGGGCCUUAUCCACGGAAUCAUCCAGGUGAUCUUCAUGUAUCAAAUUCCCUUCUGUGGUCCCAAUGUCAUGGAUCACUUUAUAUGUGAUCUAUUUCCAUUGUUAAAACUGGCCUGCAUGGACACCCAGGUCCUGGGUAUCAUAGUCUCCCUUAACACUGGGGCGAUGUGUUUGAUCACCUUCCUUAUCCUUAUUGCCUCCUACACAGUUAUCCUCUGCUCCUUGAGGUCUUAUAGCUCUGAAGCACGACACAAAGCUCUCUCCACUUGUGGCUCCCACCUCACAGUGGUUUUCUUGUUCUUUGUGCCAUGUAUAUUCUUGAAUGUGAGGCCUGUGGUUACUUUCCCCAUAGAUAAGGUAAUGACUGUGUCCUUUACUAUUGUCACACCCAUGCUAAACCCUUUGAUCUAUACCUUACGGAAUGCAGAGGUGAAGAAUGCCAUGAGGAAAUUGUGGAUGAAACAAGGGACCCUGGGUGGUCAUUAG